CCUCAGAUAAGUGAAUGAUACGACCUGACUCAUGGUCACUUCGACUUGCGGUGCCCCACUACUGCGCGAUCAGAACGCUUCUGCGGCGAGAAAAACUGUAAACGUGUGUGUUUCGGUAAAGAACUGGUCAGUCUCGCGAAGGUUCAACGAGGCCGUGAGAGCGUAGCUCCAAGGAUUAGCACGCUGAACAUCCGGUCAUCGCAGUGUGUUGGAUUCUGCUAAGGAUUUUGAACCAUUGAGAAGUGCUUCGGAGUAGUUCGCUAGUAGUUCGCCUUGAAAGAGUGCCUCGGAAAAAAAUAUUGAAUAAUAAAUAAUUUGUUAACAGAUCCUCACAAGAUGGCUAAGCUGUAUAUCUUGAUCGCAUUAUUGCCGCAGCUGCUUUUUACGCUAGUACAAGGACAGCAAUCUCCAUGUCCUCAAUAUUUCAGAUAUAUAAUCAAACCGGGAACAGACGAAACGAUAGGACAGAUUGAAAUCCAGUCUCCGCCAAAAGUUAGCGAACUUCAUUUGAAAGUGGGUUUAAAACUCACUGCUGAGUUACCUACGAAAAAUUAUGGUCGACUAAAAUUAGCACAAUCGACCGAAGACUCUGCUCAAGCUGUUUUACAGGGCAGGAGUUUAUUAUAUCAUAUUUAUUUCCCUUUACGCCAACCACUUCCAACAUUGACCGCGAUAUGGUUCAAUGGUAAAAAAUAUUGUACGAGUCCCGAUGCAACAGGAGAUGUUGUAACUACUACUAUUACUACUAUCACAUUGGAACAUACUCUGUAUAUUCCAAAUAUGCCUUCGCCAAAUUCACAACCGAAUGAAUCGCAUCAGAACUCGACACCAAAAUCGGAACGUCAACAGAGUAUUCCGAGGAGAGCCACCGUCGCUUUCUCUCAAGAUAAUAGCAACAUAUUGCUAAAUAUACUCCCAAACCAAUCCGAACAAGUUUCACAAUAUAAUAAUAACAACGUAUUCCUGAGGAAACCGACCUCAGCUCAAGCAGCCUCACAAUAUGAUUUCAAUAAUAAUAAUAAUGUAUUUCUAAGGCCGUCUUUUAGAAUUCCACAACACAGUAAUAAUAAUGACAACAAUAAUAAUAUAUUCCUGCGGCCAAAUCAGUCCUCUAGACCUCAGCCAAACCAGUCACCUAAAUCAAACCAGUCUCCAGCCAAACCAGUCCCGCAACACAACAACAACAACAAUAAUAACAACAACAACAACAACAACAACAACAACAACAACAAUAAUAAUAUCAACAAUAAUAAUAAUAAUAUCAACAAUAAUAAUGAAUGUGGCAUCAGCAGCCGCUCUGGAAAUGCAAAUCUUUUGAUCUCUAAUGGACAGGAAACAUUGCCUGGCGAAUGGCCGUGGUUAGUGGCACUUUUCGUCGUUACAAAUCAAUAUGAGUUUCAAUGCGCUGGAACCAUUCUGACAAAUAAACAUGUCCUAACAGCGGCGCAUUGCUUGAAGACGAACCUUGAAAGCAACGAAACUAUACUUCCUAAUGUGUUGGCUGUGGCAUUGGGGCGAUUUAAUUUAUUCGGAUUCCGCGAGGUGGGAACCGUGAAUCGGGAAGUCGCAAGUUACACGAUUCAUCCCGAUUAUGCGCAUGACACCACCGGCGACUCCGAUCUGGCGAUUUUAAACCUCAGAAGACCUGUGGAAUAUAAUCAUUUCAUCAAACCUAUUUGUCUGUGGCCCCGUUCAUCUGAUCUUCACGACAUCAUCAGUAGAAGGGGAUACGUCGUGGGAUGGGGCAAAGACGAAUUCGGUCAUCGUUACACCGAUCGUCCACGGAUGGCGAUAAUGCCGAUAGUCAGUCUAGAGACCUGUCACUGGAGUUACCCGGCUUUCGUCAAACUCACCUCGAAUCGUACCUUCUGCGCCGGUAUGCAAGAUAGGAGCGGUCCUUGCAACGGUGACAGCGGGAGCGCGCUUGUACUUUUCGAUAAUACCACAGACCGUUAUCUGUUGCGUGGUGUUGUUUCACGGACAGUGUUUAGCCAUGAACCAGUAUGUGAUCUCACGAAGUACACCGUCUUUGUCGACGUGGCUAAAUAUCUAGCUUGGAUUCAACAGCAGAUAUCCACAACGUAA